AUGUCAAACACAAAGGAGAAUCAGAGGCAAUGCAGAGUCCCCGUGAGAUCGACCAGGCCGAGGCAAGGCAGGCCGUAUCUCCACGGUGACAUCAUGUAUCUCAUCGCAGACUAUCUAAGCCCGGUGGACCUUCUCAGCUGUAUACGUGCGAUCCCUCCCUUAGCCCAUCUCCUGACCAAAAAGCAGGUUAACAACCGCGGCGACGACGGGUCGUCGCUGUUACACCUCGUCGUAACGGAGAGAGAUGUCCGGAUGGCAGAGAUUCUUGUUACCAGCGCCGUUGAUCCGAACGUGCCGGAUGGAGACAAGGCAACUGCAUUCAGUCUCGCCGUCAAUCUCGGAUACGAAGACAUGGUCAAGCUAUUCCUGGAGUGCAAGCAGCUUGACGUGAACGCUGUGGAUAACCAGGGCUUUACAGCGCUUAUGGCUGCAGUCCACAAGGGACACACCGGCAUAGUCGACCUCCUCUUGCAGCGGGAAGAUAUAGAUUUCAACAUACGCAGCGAGAAAGGGGAUACUGCGCUUGUGAUAGCCGUAGGGAAAGACAAUAGUGGCCUGGCCAGAGCGCUCCUCGGGAGAGAAGACCUUGAUGCCAGCUUUCCGGGCCACCGGCCUCUUUUCCGUGCAAUAUACCAUCCAGACGCAUCGAGGUUGAAAUUACUAAUUGACCGCAAGGAGGUUGACAUCAACUGCAAGACUGAAACUGGCAGGACGAUGCUCAUGCAGGCAGUGGAAUUUGGACACUACGAGGUAGUCAAGUUACUUCUAGGGCGGGAGGACCUUGACGUCAAUGCCAUAGACCAUAUUGGAGACACGGCCUUGAUCAUAGCCGCAUUCCGUGGAUUCAACCGCAUUGCCUCCUUGCUAAUGGAGAGGAAGGAGCUCGAUAUGAAUUUUCAACACUACGACGGCACAGCGCUCAUGCACGCCGCGCGCACAGGGUUUGGCGACCUUGUCCACGUACUGCUCAGCAGACCUGACGCUGAUGUUAACAUACAAGACCAUCACGGCCGGACAGCGCUCAUGUUCGCAGCUCGUGAUGAUCUCGGUUAUACAAUGUCCGACAAUGCGGUGCAGGUCCUCCUGGCACGAGACGAUACCAACGUCAAUAUCAGAGACCGCCGCGGCCGGACGGCGCUCAUGAUCGCGGCAGAAGCCGGACAGAGACGCAACGUCGACUGUUUGCUGAAGAGAGCUGAUAUCGACGUUGACAUAGAGGAUGCGACUGGGGUCAACGCCCUGGCCUACGCAGCUGCUGGGGAGCAUGAACUUAUCGGGGAAAUGCUUCGAAAUUUUGUUGGUGCUAGGGAGCAAGGCAUGGGCUCUCUGUCAAUAGAAGGUUGCAACAUUACAUGUAGCUGA